AUGUCGGCGUCCCCGAUGAACUGUAGGUCUCUGCGUUUGGAUCGAUUUGCAGGGUGCGGAGAUUGGGGCCUUCCUAAGCUCCAGCGUCGCCGCCGUCCAAAGCUUCGCCACUUGCAGAGAGGACUCAGAGGAGGAGGGGGGGUUAAAGACGACGAUUGGGUACCGGGAAUCAUUAAAAGGAGCGAGGUGUGCGCAGGGUGGUAUCCUGCGCCACGCUCUGCCGCAACUGAUCUGGGCCGAACAGAGCGACGGCGGUGCGGCGGCGGAGGAAGGGGAUGGACGAGGGAUGGCGGCGGCGGCGGAGGAAUUGGGAGAAGGGGAAGGACGGAAAGAGGAGCGAGGCCAUUUGUAGGGUUUGGAGGAGAAGGAAGCAGCGGCCAUGCUGGUUUUGAGGGAUGGCAUGGCGGUGGCCGGAUUUAG